AUGUCUUCAACAACAAAUACACUUUCCAAUAUAGACCUCUCUGAAGAGGACGCGGCACUGAUAAGCCUUAUUGUUAAGAAGUCUGAUGCUAUAUUCAAAGAAGUAUCCAAGACAGAUGAGCUUGAGGACGAGGAAUUUGAUGAAGAACUUGACGAAGAGCUCAUAAACGAUCAAAUAUUGCCACAAAAGCGCAACGAAAGCAAUAAUUCUGCUCAACAAGAAAAAGUAGAAUUUAUUUCAGCUAUCAAUGAGCUCUAUUUGCAACAGACCUUGAAAGCAAUGAAAUUAAUCAACCAAGACAUCUUCUUCUUGAUCUACAUUGGCAGCGUGUCUAUGAUUCAGGAACGGGUAGUGAUUCGUAGACGAGCUAACCAAGGUACAUACCGUUGGUGGACAAUCGACCACCCAAACCUUACUGACGAAGAGACUGGAGAGCGUGCCUUUAAGACCCAUUAUCGGAUUACGCGAUCAACUUUCGAGAACCUUGUGAAUCUUCUAAAAAACACAGCUGCAUACUCAAGGUUCACUGAUGAACAAAGAAGCACUUGGAAUGUUGCCCAACAGGUUGCUGUUGUUUUAUGGAGAUUCUGUAACACACACUUUGGUUAUAGAAUUGCUAAGGCAACACUUGGUGUUGGCCACGGCUCCUACAAUGAGUUUACAGUACGUUUUAUCAAUACAAUGACAAAAGAAAUUGCCAAUAAGGUCAUUGUAUGGCCAUCAACCAUUCAAAAGCAGAGAGAAAUUGCCAACGGUUUUGCUACUCGUACAAGUACCAGUAUCCAUGGCCAUGACCACUUGAAAGACGUUGUUGGUGCCAUCGACGGGAAACUCGUACAGAUAGAAAAGCCAAGAGUAGAUGGAAAUUGA